AUGAAUAUAGGGCUAGCGCACACUGAGAUAUGGCGGGUGAGAGAACUGAUGGCGACGUGUCGCUUGAGGUCGAAAAACGGAACAAACAAUGAACAAAACAUAGCUCUGUUUUCUACAAGUGUGUCCCAAGUUAUUCAACAAAGGGCACCACUUCAAAGCUUCAUCAGCAGUGUAUUACUACUGCUGAUGUCCAUUGGCAUGCUCUUUUUUUUAGCUUCAUUGCUUUUCAUGAUAUUCUUAUCAUUAUUCCUUGUUACAACUGGAGUACUGAUGGAUGCAGGAAUUAUUGGAGUGUAUAAACUAUGUGAUGUCAAGUUCAAACUGCUCAACAAUUUAUUGUUUGGUAAAGAAUUGGAGUUACCAUAUAAUAUUUUGCUCUCAUUAGGUUUUGGUAACACAGGUGUGUGA